CGGCCCUUCCCCUCCCCUCCUCCGACUUGGCUGUCCCUCCCCCCCCCCCUCCUUGCCGCACCAUGUCCGACUCCGUCGCCCAGAAGUUCGCGGACUUCUUCCCCACCCUGUCCAAUGACAUUCUGGCUCACCUGAAGACCAUCAACAUCCCCGUUGAUGCCUUCAACUGGCUCGACCGCAUGAUGAACUACAAUGUUCCCGGUGGCAAGAUGAACCGUGGUCUGUCGGUUCACGACACCUACGCCGCCCUGGUCGGCCGCCCCCUGACCGAGGACGAGGUGACCAAGGCCUUCGUCCUUGGCUGGACCGUCGAGUGGCUGCAGGCCUUCUUCCUGGUCGCUGAUGAUAUCAUGGACCGCUCCAUCACCCGCCGUGGUCAGCCCUGCUGGUACAAGAACCCCGAGGUCGGCAACUUCGCCAUCAAUGACUCCUUCGCCCUGGAGUCGGCCAUCUACAUCCUGCUGAAGAAGUACUUCCGCACCGAGGCCUACUAUGUCGACCUGCUUGAGCUCAUGCUGGAGGUCACCUCUCAGACUGUCUUUGGCCAGCUGGUCGACCUGAUCACUGCCCCGGAGGACAACCACAACAUCGAGCUCUUCUCCAUGGAGCGCUACCAGUGGAUCAUCCAGUACAAGACCGCCUACUACUCCUUCUACCUGCCGGUGGCCUUUGCCAUGCUCAUGAACGGCAUGUCUCCCGACAACCCCGCCUUCAAGAUCGCCGAGAAGAUCCUGCUCGAGAUGGGCCAGUACUUCCAGGCCACCGAUGACUAUCUCGACUGCUACGCCGACCCCGAGGUCCUUGGCAAGAUCGGUACCGACAUCCAGGACAACAAGUGCUCUUGGCUCGCCAACCGUGCCCUCCAGCUCUUCACUCCCGAGCAGAAGGAGCGCUUCGCCGCCGACUACGGCAAGAACGACCCCGAGGCUAUUGCCCGCGUCAAGGCCCUCUACAACGAGAUCGACCUCGAGGCCCAGUUCCGCGCCUACGAGCAGGAGAGCUAUGACAAGAUCAACGCCAUGAUCGCUGAGGUCCCGGCUGAGACCAUCAACCCCGAGAUCUUUACCAUUUUCCUGCGGAAGAUCUUCAAGCGCAAGAAGUAAGCUCCCGCGCCCAUAGCUUCAUACCUUCUGCCGAAUAGCUCCCCCCCAUGCGCGCGUGCGUGUGUAUGUGUGUGUGUGUGUGU